AUGAAACUAAUUCAGCUGAUUUGCUUUGCUGGCUGCCUUGGAAUAGGAUGGGCUGUUCAACUGUCCAGUUUAGACAAAAUCUCACUAGAUUUCUUUCCAAAUGCAAGCGUGAUUUUAGCAGCAAGAAUGAGUUCGUCUUUCAUUGUUAAUAUUCCUAAGUGUAUUUCUUCCUCUCAAUUCACACCCACCACGAUUAGACCAGCAGUAGCAGCUGUUGGUGAUAAAGUUGCUAUGCCAGCUGUGACAGACACCAAUCAGAUCAAAUCCCUCCACUCUUCCUCAACUGCCCAAGUUUACUUUGCGGGAGAAUUCAAGAGUGUCUCAUGUAGAAUAGCCAGGGAUCUUGUGAGUAUGGACAUUGAUGAUGGAAACUACAAGCUGACCACAGUCGUAGGCUACCAGGUUGGGGUAGAAGUCUGUGAAAAAGCUAAAGGCCCCUUCUGCAAUCGAGCCCUUCAGCCAUCGUCGAUUUACAGGGUAAAUUUCUUUAUUUUGGAUGAAAAUGCAGUAAUAAGAGCUCACACAGGCUGGUCAGAUGCCAUACAAACAAACAAUGUGACAACCUUCACGGCAUAUGAUGGAUCAUUCUUAGGGCGGGCCGGAGGAAUGAUAGUGAUCACGGUACUGCUUUCUGUUAGUAUGUUCGUGCUGGUGGUUGGCUUAAUUGUGGCAGCAGCUCUUGGAGGAAAAAAAUCAUAAAUCAGGCAAGCCAAGAUUGCCUUCCAGAACAAAAAUGACUACCGAUCUGAAUGAACUGUUUUACGGGAAUCAAGAAUAUCUACAAUAAUGAGUGCUGCA